UAUUUCAAUGGCUACAUGACUCACGGAUUGCCGACACCAGCCCUUCUUUACGUUUUCGGUGUAUAUUUUCGAUCUGGCAUAACGCGUAAUAACAUGCAAUGUGAUUACCCUAACCCCAAGUAUUAUUGAUAAUAGAAGCAGUUACGUACCUGCCAAAGAAAUUCACUCUCUGUAGACUAGUGGUUACUCAACGCAGACGAUACAGCUUCACAAUUCAGAGCCCGGUAUUAUAUCGGCAUUUCAAAAAUACAAAUACAAGUAGAGCAUGUAUAGAGAGAAUACGCCGUUAUAUAUCCGGGUCAUAUAGUGAAUCUCCAACUCUCAUUACAAAAAGAUAGUGCUAUAUGUGCUAAUUCGUUGCAGGUUAGGACGAAGUUAGAAUGGCGUCACACUCAGAACCAGACUUUGACGAGGUCCUCAAACUGAUCGCAGAAGACAUAACCAACGAAGACCAUAUUGAAAGGUUAGGAAAAGCCCUUGGUUUCCGUAAAGGCCCCAUUGAAAACUACAUCAAAUCCAACUUCCGGUUUGGUAACGUUACGAGCAGGGGUACACUUCAGAUGCUCCGGGAUUGGAAUCUUAAAGUAAGCAGAACGCAGCAGUUUGGAGAGCUAAGGGCGGCUCUAAUAAAGGCAAACUUGCAGGCGACGGCGGAUGAUCAUUUACCCCAAGCUGGCCUCUGGGCACCUCGAAAUUCCCAGUCUGCCCCACCGGGACAAACACAGGAAGGCCCUAGCAUAUAUGUGACCGAAAGUCAGAUCAUGUACAUCGCCAGGAAUCUGUUAAGUGACUUUUAUUCUCCGUUCGCCAGUGCACUAGGCUUCUCGUAUGCCGAGUAUGAAAACAUCAAACGGAAACAUCUGAACGACAUAAAGGAAGCAACCUUAGACAUAUUGAACCAAUGGAAAAGGAACACAGGUGGUUUACGGAUAGCUUUAGAGGCCGCUCUUAACGAGGCAGAAUGUGCACGCUUAGCAUAUACAUAUAAAGACGCAUAAACCCGAUCAAUUCCCCGGUAGAACCCUAACAUAUUUAUGCAUUUUUUCGUUUGUGGGGGCUGAAAGUUGUAGUAUAGGGUGUCUACUUCAAGAGUCCGACGGAUGCCACCUGGGCACCCUUGGGCAUUUUUUUUAUUGACGUCAUAAGCCACCCCCACUUUUGUCACUUAAAUAUGACUUCAACAUUUUUACGGAAUAAACAUAACAUGUUUAGUAUUAAAUAAAAGCUAAAGAAAAACUAAAUGCAAAUAAAUGGAUCACUGGGGAUUUGAAUCACGCAUGCGUCAGAUAAAAGUCAUUUAAGGUCAUUCAUGUCAAACUGCAUUACAAAUCUAAAUGCAAUCUAUUUAUUUGCAUUUUAUUUUUCAUUUAGCUAUAAUUUGAUACAAAACAUGAUAUGUUUAUACCGUAAAAUAUGAAAGUCAUAUUUGACAUUCAUGUUAAAAGGGGGCUUGGCCUCAGACGUCAAAAAAAAAAUGCCCAAGGGUGCCGAGGAAGCAUCCGCUGGAUUAUUGAAGGAGACACCCCAUACUACAACUUCCAUGAAAAAAAUCGCAUACAUACCAAGCUUGACGGUCAUACAAUAAUUUUGAUCAUAUCUACCCGACUGUAUCAUAAACCUAUUCCAACACAAACAUCACGCUGCAGCAUAUAUGCCUAUGGAAUCAAGCACAGACCAAAUAGUCGAAGGAGCAUGUCGUCUAACUGUCACGUACUAGAUCAGCUCUUCAGGGACUAACAUGAUAACAACCCUCACGAAACUGCUGUCCCAGCCUACGUUUGAUGUAUAAAAAAGUGUAACUAUUUGUCUUUGAAGCGGCAUGGUUACUGAAAAACAACUACAACAACAAAAUGCUAGAUUAUUUACAGGAUUUAGAGAAGUCAGCUACCCACACCACAACUGAUACCUUGUUUAAUAUGAUGGGAUUUUCAUUUUAUACUCUUUCUACGAAUCUGUUUGAAUUUUUAUAUAAAUUUUCAGCAAUCAUGGUAAGAAAAGAGGAGGGAAUGAUUCUUAAAUACAAUGCAAGUCAAAAAAAUGUUAAACUUUUAAAAUUAAGGUUUUUUAAAAGAAAAUGUGGGAUUCAGAGAAAAUUUUUAGCAUGUAUGGAUAAAGUAAAUAUUCCUUUGUCACUUGGUAAAAUUUGUUUUAAUGUUGUUGUGAUGGUUAAGGGCACAACAGCCUUUUUUUUUUAAGUGUCAAAACCCAUUUGCGCCAAGUCAGGUGAUUAUAAACCAGUGUAGUAAAAUUACGCGAAAUCGUCAUUACGCAAACAUGUAAUAAAAUGAGGUCACCACAGUGAAUCGAUAACAGCGAGAGCGCUGCACAUUGCCAACGGUUCACAGAGAUUUGCACGCAAACCUAUGAGAAACAAGCGAGAGCGAACGAUUCCACGAGCUCUUCCCCCUUCUUUCCCUUCCCGGCGAUUUUUACCAAGUGACAAAUGAAUUUUUACUCUAUCCAUACAUGCUACAAAUUCUCUCUUAAUCCCAUAUUUUAUUUUAAAAAAAUACUUAAUUCAAAAAGUGUAACAUUUUUUUUCCGACUCGCACUGUACAUUCAUUUCAAUUCCAAUUUCCUUGGCAAAAUAACACAAUCAAGAGGUUAAUACAUGUAUAUUUUCCUUUAUCCUUGGAAUUAAUUUACACCCGAUCUGCUGAUAUCAUAGUGGAUUUCAGAUUGGAUUCAAAACUUUUCAAGGUGGGUGACAUUUUAAUACAAUUUUCAAGUUGGUUCAGUCAGCAGGCAGGUCCGAAAAGUGGCUUAUUUCAUCAAGUGAUAUCCAAGACGAGAGAGGUUUUGCAUAUAUAAUGAGCUUGAUGUGGACUAAAAGACAUCUUUUAAUUCAGUCAUUGCUGCCCGAAAUAUAGUCUGUUAGGCAAACCCUUCACUUAAGUUAAGGGUCUGAAUGUGCAGCCUACUUAUGGCUUGUGUUCUGAAGGCCCUCUCGUUUCUGUUUGUGCUAGUCUUGCGUGGAGACACACUUGCUGAUCAAAGUUUCAAUCAGGGUCUGUGCCUGUAGACUACCCGAAAUAUACUACAAUUUUUAUGAAUUUGGUAUUAUUGUAAAGGAAAUCAAUCAUUCUUUAAGGUCAUUUGUUUGAAUUUAUUUAAAGAUUAUUUGUAAUAUAGGUUUUGAAUUAAAGGUGAAACCUUUGAUAAAAAAUGUGCUAC